AUGGACAUGGACAUGGAUACCAUCCACGACCUCGACUUCUCCGGAUACAGCACCAUCACCAACACCAACACCCCCACUUCCGACGACGACUACGCCUGUAACUGGAACCACUGGUCCCCCCUCGUCAACUGGGACACCUUUGCCGGUUCCCAAGACGACUUCCACCACCUCAUCGACUCCAUCGUCGACGACGCCCUUCACCUCAGCCCCGAGAACGCCCCCACUAACUCCGCCACCAUCACGGAGGAAGACGACGUCGACGAAGAAACAGCACCGCCACCAGCACCAACAGGCGACGACUCCAAGGGCCUGAGGCUGGUGCAUCUGUUGAUGGCUGCGGCGGAGUCCCUCACCGGUGCCACCAAGAGCCGUGACCUGGCUCGAGUGAUAUUGGUUCGGCUCAAGGAGUUGGUGUCACACGCCCACGGCUCCAACAUGGAGAGGCUCGCCGCGUACUUCACGGACGCGCUGCAGGGUCUACUAGAAGGCGCAGGGGGUGCGCACAAUAACAACAAGAACUGUUGCAUCACUGGCGGGCCCCACCAUCGAGACGACCAAUAUCAUCAUCAAAACGACAUGCUCGCAGCUUUCCAACUGCUCCAGGACAUGUCUCCCUACGUCAAGUUCGGACACUUCACCGCCAACCAGGCCAUCCUCGAAGCCGUGGCCCACGAACGCCGUGUCCACAUCGUCGAUUACGACAUCAUGGAAGGGGUCCAGUGGGCCUCCCUCAUGCAGGCCCUAGCCUCCAACAACAACGGCCCACACCUCCGCAUCACCGCAUUGUCACGAACCGGCACCGGACGGAAAUCCAUCGCCACCGUGCAAGAGACGGGGCGAAGAUUAACGGCGUUCGCCGCCUCUCUUGGACAACCGUUCUCGUUUCACCAGUGUAGAUUGGAUUCGGACGAAACGUUUCGGCCUUCGACGCUGAAGGUGGUUCGUGGAGAGGCUUUGGUGUUCAACUGCAUGCUGAACCUGCCGCAUCUGAGUUACCGCACGCCCGAUUCAGUUGAAUCGUUUUUUAGUGGAGCGAAGGCGUUGAGGCCGAGGCUGGUGACGCUGGUGGAGGAGGAGGUGGGAUCCGUUGUGGGAGGGUUCGUGGGGCGCUUCAUGGACUCGCUUCACCACUAUUCGGCGGUGUUUGACUCGCUGGAGGCUGGGUUUCCGAUGCAGAGGCGGGCCAGGGCCUUGGUGGAGCGGGUCUUCUUGGGGCCCCGGAUAUUGGGGUCUUUGGCCCGGAUAUACCGAACAGGGGAAGAGGAGGACAGGGGGUCGUGGGGGGAGUGGUUGGGUGCGGAGGGUUUCAGCGGAGUUCCGAUAAGCUUCGCCAAUCAUUGCCAGGCGAAGCUGUUGUUGAGUCUUUUUAACGAUGGAUAUAGGGUGGAGGAAUUGGGUUGCAAUAAGCUGGUGUUGGAUUGGAAAUCACGCCGUUUGCUUUCUGCCUCCCUUUGGACUUGUUCUUCUCACUCCGAUUAA